AUGAACCAUUGAGGUGUGAUUGCAGCCAAUGUAACCCAAAUAGAGGACAUGAGGCACAAACGGGAGUUGAUAUUCCGCCUGAUACAUAACAGCUGCGCCUUUCACAUUAGUGAACACUUCAACGCUUGACGACACUGCGCAAACAUAUAAGGAGGAAUACAAUCAUCAUCAAAGCCGGCGUUAACUCUCAUUCAUCAGGGAGCUUUUUACUGGUGUAUCUUUACAUUUGCCCGUGAUAUUCUAUGCAUGAUGUCCGUACAUGCACUGCGUAAAAGUGCAAGCUCCAGCUGCAGUAACAUGGCACCAGCAUCACUUCCCCUUACAUCUUCAUUUCUGCCUGCAUCUCCGACGCAUUGAUGGAGGAUGACGAUUUGGAGUAGCUAGCGGGAUAAAUCGUUAACAUAUUUGAAAUGCCGGCAUUCUCGUGUGCCUUUCCUGGCUGUCGCAGGGAUCUCCUGGUAAUAGUUUUAGUUGUGUUCGUGGGCAUUGGAUUACCUAUUGAAGCCUCUGCCCCUGCAUAUCAAUCGCAUGGGACUGAAGGCUCACAUUUAACUAAUAUAACAAAUACUAAAAAGGCUUUUCCUGUACUUGCCGUAAAUUACGAACACGUACGAAAGCCUUUUGAGAUCGCGCUAUGGAUCCUCCUCGCCUUAUUGAUGAAACUUGGUUUCCAUCUGAUCCCGCGUCUGUCUGCCGUGGUCCCAGAGAGCUGUCUGCUGAUCGUGGUGGGGCUGCUAGUGGGGGGGCUCAUCAAGGUGAUUGGAGAAGAGCCCCCAGUACUGGACUCCCAGCUCUUCUUCCUGUGCCUCCUCCCUCCCAUCAUCCUUGAUGCUGGCUACUUCCUGCCGAUCCGGCCCUUCACAGAGAAUGUGGGCACCAUCUUGGUGUUUGCGGUGAUAGCUUGCCUACUAACUUAAACUGCAUACUGUGUAUACUAAUCAUUCUACAUACUGUUUAGAACGUACUGUUUUAAAAUGAAUGCAGUCAGCAAUAAAUAUCAGCAUAUUAAGCUCCUCCUACUGAGAAUGCCUCAUCUAAUGCGCAAUUGUGUUGAUUCCCGCCAUUCGUUCAUUUUGGUGCGGCGCAUCCCCUCAGCUGAUUAUCAGCUGUUGUCAAACACAUGUGGGUCUCGAAAGACCAUUCUCUUCCUCAAUAUUGUGCAGCGAAUUCUACUAGAUGAAAAGCCAAAAUGAGCUGGCAUUUAAAGUGUUCAAAAUUUCACAUACUAUAAAAGUAUGUUUUUCCUUCAUACCCAAAAUGCCUACUAUUUAGAAUGCAAGUACAGGUAUUAGGACACGGCCAUUCUCUUUCUAUCUCUUUCUAGGUACCCUGUGGAACGCCUUCUUUAUGGGGGGCUUGCUGUAUGCUUUGUGCCAGAUCGAGAGCGUCGGUCUGAGCGGAGUUGACCUGCUGGCCUGCCUGCUCUUCGGCUCCAUCGUGUCGGCCGUGGACCCCGUGGCCGUGCUGGCUGUGUUUGAGGAGAUCCAUAUCAACGAGUUGGUUCACAUCCUGGUGUUUGGGGAGUCCCUUCUCAAUGAUGCUGUCACAGUGGUUCUGUACAACCUGUUUGAGGAGUUCUCCAAAGUGGGGACGGUCACUGUAUUGGAUGUGUUCCUAGGCGUGGUGUGUUUCUUCGUGGUGUCCCUAGGAGGGGUCCUGGUGGGGGCCAUAUACGGCUUCUUGGCAGCCUUCACCUCUCGUUUCACCUCUCACACCCGCGUCAUCGAACCCCUUUUCGUCUUCCUAUACAGCUACAUGGCCUACCUUUCCUCCGAGAUGUUCCAUCUCUCUGGUAUCAUGGCUUUGAUAGCAUGUGGGGUUGUGAUGCGGCCCUAUGUGGAGGCCAACAUAUCCCACAAGUCCUACACCACCAUCAAGUACUUCCUGAAGAUGUGGAGCAGCGUGAGCGAGACACUCAUCUUCAUCUUCCUGGGCGUGUCCACAGUGGCAGGGCCGCAUGCCUGGAACUGGACCUUCGUCAUCACCACCGUCAUCCUCUGUCUGGUGUCACGAGUACUGGGUGUGAUUGGCCUUACAUUCAUCAUAAACAAAUUCCGUAUUGUCAAGUUGACCAAAAAGGACCAGUUCAUUGUGGCCUACGGUGGCCUGCGAGGGGCCAUAGCUUUCUCCCUGGGAUACCUGCUGUCAAAUAGUCACCAAAUGAGGAACUUGUUCCUGACAGCAAUCAUCACUGUCAUUUUCUUUACUGUGUUUGUGCAGGGUAUGACAAUCAGGCCCUUGGUUGAGCUACUUGCUGUGAAGAAGAAGAAGGAGAGCAAGCCUUCCAUCAACGAGGAGAUUCACACAGAGUUCCUGGACCAUCUCCUCACAGGAGUUGAGGGUGUCUGUGGCCAUUAUGGGCAUUAUCACUGGAAGGAGAAGCUUAACCGCUUCAACAAGACCUACGUGAAGAGGUGGCUUAUAGCAGGCGAGAACUUUAAGGAGCCUGAGUUGAUCGCCUUCUACCGCAAGAUGGAGCUGAAGCAGGCUAUUAUGAUGGUGGAGAGUGGCCAGCUGCCCUCAGUUCUGCCCUCCACCAUCUCCAUGCAGAACAUCCAGCCCAGAGCGAUUCCACGGGUCUCUAAGAAACGGGAGGAAGAGAUCAGAAGGAUCCUGAGGGCCAACCUGCAGAACAACAAGCAAAAAAUGCGCAGCAGAUCCUACAGCAGACACACUCUGUUUGACGCCGAUGAGGAAGACAACGUGAGCGAGGUGCGCCUACGGAAGACGAAGAUGGAGAUGGAGAGGAGGGUCAGUGUGAUGGAGAGGAGGAUGAGCCACUACCUCACUGUUCCAGCCAACCGGGAGUCACCUAGGCCUGGAGUCAGGCGAGUCAGGUUUGAAUCAGACAACCAGGUUUUCAGUGCUGACAGUUUCCCUACUGUCCACUUUGAGCAGCCUUCCCCUCCCAGCACACCUGACGCUGUCAGCCUAGAGGAGGAGGUACCCAAGAGGCCUAGCCUGAGAGCAGACAUAGAAGGACCCAGGGGUAAUGCGUCAGACAACCACCAGGGCGAGCUGGACUACCAGAGACUAGCACGCUGUCUAAGCGACCCCGGUCCCAAUAAAGACAAGGAGGACGACGAUCCCUUCAUGUCCUGUUAAAGAACAUCUUUUAAACUAUAGCGCUUCAAAUGAGGAGAAUAAUCGGAUUCCACUAUUUCAGAAGCUGCUUAAUUCUCCUCUGGCACUUACUUGUAUGAGAUGGAGAUUUUUCUAUGGCAACCUCUCAAAGUAUCUCAUGUAUCGAAGGACAUUUCUAAUUUAUCUCUGUGCCGUUGUUGUUGUAUUUCUCAUAUUUGGGUCCUUGUUCUUUGGUAUUUUUGAUGUAAUAUAAUGUGAAUAAUUUGCCAAAGGUUCACGUACCAAUUUUUCUUGAACCAUUUUUCAAUAUCAUGAAAUCAUGAGUCAAGAUUUGUUUGUUUAAGAUAUUUUUUAAAUGUUUUUUUGUUAUGUAAAAUCACGGCUUCCUUUUAGAGAGAGGAAUGUAGGUGUUUGUCAGCACUUCUGUCUUAAUACGUUUUCACAUGAUAGUGCUUCUCAUUCACUUUAUUCGCAUGAAUAUUAAAUAUGUUUUCUCAGGGACUGCAUCAUAGGGUAGCUGGCCAACUACCCUUAGCAGCCAGAAAACACACUAUUUGGGUCUGAAGCUGUCAAAAUCUUGUAAGUGGAAAAGGAAGUUGCCAAGUUGAAUAAUUUUUAUAAGAAAGACAAUGCAGGCCUAUUUGAAAUGGGUUGAAUUGUUAGCAGUUUGUACUGAGAGGUAAAACAAGCUUUACAGAUAAUAUGCAUCAGAAAUUAAGAUGACUUCAUGACUGAGUUUAACAAUAAAGUGCUCAUAAAAUACAAA